AUGAACGUCGAUAUCAUCGAGCCGUUCAACCGGAUCCAUUUCACCGGCUCUCCGCGGGUUUCGGCAGUCCAUUACUACCACAAUCGACUAUUCAUGGGGUUCAACAAUGGAGAUCUUCAAGUUUAUUCCAGCUUAACCAGCCAGAGCCAAAAGCCGCUAUAUCCAGCGGCAAAGACGUUGAAGACGCUCAAAUCGUUCAACGACAUUAAGUUCUUGUUCCACGACAAUUCGCAGCUGCAGCAGUUUGAACUAGACCUGGCUUUUUCCAACUUGUCGCAAGACUCUUCUGCCAUAGACAGCAUCAAAUGUAUUCCCAUAUCCAAUGAAUCGAACAAAACAAUAUUGGUGAUAACUACAGCUGAGUGUGUACGAGCUUAUGAAUUAAUUGGAUCACAUAUCAAUCUCGUCCAGGAGUUGGACGAUACCAAGAGUUGUAGCGACUGCUUGUAUACUGAAUAUGACGAGCAUCGUCUCUUUCUCGUAGGCACCAAAAAGAAACUUAUUGCAUUCAAGAUCGUCAAUAAGACAAGAAAUAUCCUCAUAUUCCAGAAGGUGAAAGAAAUAUCUCUUAAGGAUAGAGUUAAAACAAUUGCUUUGAUUCCAGGCUCUGGGUCCAAGAUUUUGUUAAGUCUAGCCAGUGACUUCGUAAUUGUAGAUAUCGCGAAAGACUUCCUGAUAAUAGCUCUCGCUAUCGACGACCCAACUUUGUACAAUUUCAACCAUUCUACUUCAUUUAGCUACUUUGGACUAUCAUCUUCAGGUCCAGCAGCAUGGACAAUAAAAUUGUCGGAAGACAAGUUGUUGCUUGUGAAAGAUACCCAAUGCGUGGAGUACACCAUUUCCAGCCAAGUGAUAAGACCCUCUGCUAUAAAAUUAACUGCAGUUCCCAUAUUUGUAGACUUCAUUGAACCCAUGUACAUCAUGGUAGUCUAUGGCAAGAGAAUAGAGAUAGUGGAUUAUGUAAAUGGUGAUCGUAUCCAGAUUUUUAACCACCAGAUCAACUCCAAUCUGAUCUAUGCUUGCCACGAAGACAGAACAAUUUUUCUCGGUUCAGGAUCCGAUAUUCUUCAAUUUAAUGUCCUUGAAUACAAGAAGCAAAUAGAACAGUAUCUCAAUAUAAGUGGAAAGGGCUCAUCAUUGGGAAACAUCAAGGACCCCAACAACGAUCUCAGGAUAAUUGGCCUCGACAAAGCAAUUUCUCUUGUCUCGAAAUUAGAUACCAAAUGUCCCUUUUUUUACAACAAGGAAGUAUCAAAUGAGAAGAAGAAAUAUUUGGAAUUGAGGGACUUGUACAAAUCCAAGGCCGUUCUUCUUUUUGAGUCGUAUUCCAAGUACCAUGAAUCUUUGGUCGACAUUUGCUCCGAUUGGAUGAUAGCUUAUCCGGACGUAUUGGAGUUAUUUCCUGACUUUUUGAACGGAGACUCCAAGAUUCGAAGUGUACUUCUGAACGAUGCAGAUGAAACCAAGAGUAUACGAUCUACACAUAAUGUUGUCAAACGAGUAUCGAAAGAAGAUAUUCAAACACUUAGAUUUGCAACUACAGCAGAGUCAGGUACAGAAAAUGAAGCUGACAGACGUACCAUGUCUAGCAGAGCUACUAGUCCACAAAAAGUACCCAAUAGAUUACAGGGUUAUGCAAAAUCGCAAAACAUGAGGAAAUUCAGUAAAGCAGUGAAUAACCUUAUCAUAUAUUUAACUGAUCAGAGAAGAAUCCACAUGAGUUUUCUAAAUGGAGAUAACAUUCAGUGGAAAGGAAUCGAAAUCUCCCCUCUUGAUAUAUAUCCUAAUUUGAGCAAGGAAGACUUGAAAAACAAAUUACAUCAAGCAGCUACAACUAUUGACACAUCGUUGUUUCUAUGCUAUUUCCAUACAAAGCCAAUGUUGUUGGGCCCAUUAUUGAGACUUCCUAACAAUCAUUGUAAUGCCAGUGUGGUCAACGAAUGCCUUAUGAGCAACAUUCAUAAUCAUGUUCAACAAAGAGAACUACAACAGCCCAACUUUAUAAAAGAAUUGCUUGAUUUUUACUUCACAAGAGGCUUGCACAAGGAUGCAUUAGAAAUGUUGUACAGGCUUUCGCAUAAUGACGAAGAAGAAGAGACGCACUCUAAUGAUGACGAUAAUGCAUUUGAUGAUUUUCUAAAGGGCCCCGAUCUCACGAUCCAAUACUUGAAAAAAAUGACAAACCAAGACUUGGAUCUCGUGUUUCAAUUUUCGUAUUGGGUUAUAGUAGAAGAAACGGAUUUCCACAGAAGUGUUGAGAAAAUUAGGUUGAUAUUUAUGAACGACUCUUAUGAAUGUGAGAACUACGACAACUUCAAGGUGUUGAACUAUUUUACUCAGGUCCUUAAGAAUGAUGCAUUUGGAAUAAUAUAUUUGGAAUGGCUAAACUUCGAAAGUGAUUUGGUUGAUCACUUAUCCAGAAAAAAGACACUUGGAAAGUUCCACACAAAACUUUGUUUGUUGUACUUGAAGCAAUUAAAGGAAGUCAAAGAUGAGUAUGAUUUAGAUUCAUUCACAAAGAUCGAGUACUACGUCAAGUUGUACAAUUUCCUUGGUUCUACAAGCUUGUAUGAGCCUUGGACUGUAUUGAAAAGCAUUCCGACCACCGAAGAUAAAUUCUUGAGGUUCACCAUUUUUAUUUACAAAAGGUUAGGAGAACAUGAUAAAUCAAUUGAUGUUCUUUUCAACCAGCUUAAUGAUUUGGAUGCAGCAAUGCAAUAUUGUUGUGAUAUCUAUCAAUUGCCAAAUAGUCAGAAUAUUGGCGAACAAUUAUUGCAUAAACUCUUGGAAGACUUGCUUAUGAACUAUCAUGAAAAUGUUGAAUCGAUCGAGAAGCUUUUGACUCUACAGGGAUCGAAGAUGUCUAUCUUAAGAGUGAUGACAGCUUUGCCUAACUCAUUUCCUUUGCAUCGUCUUGAGAAGUUCCUUACUAGUCAUAUGCGAGGGUCUCAGGAAACUCUACAUGAUGCACGUAUAGCUUCUCAGUUGUACAAGGUGGGAAGCAUUAAGUUGCAAGAUAGGAUCUGGAAAAUUCAAAGUCAAGAAUAUCCUAUUGCCUCCGGUAAACAGCUCUGUACCAUCUGCAACAAGAGGUUGGGCUAUAGUGUAUUUAGCGUAGGAAAGGAUAACCAGAUUGUACAUUAUGGAUGUGCACAGCGAGCCUUGAAACCGGCUCGUGGCUCGAGUCCAUGA